AUGGGUCUGGAAAGAAUGGAGUUGUCUUGCUUUAAAACCUACCGGCAAGAGGCCAAUAUAGUCUUUUCGGAGUUUACUUGUGUGGUUGGACCUAAUGGGGCCGGAAAAAGUAACUUAGUAGAUGCUCUGGCCUUUGUACUGGGAGCUGAAUUGAGUGAAAUACGAGGUAGUGUAGCCGGCCGAGGAACCACAGGUCCAGUUUCUGUGGCAGUACAGUAUAGAAGCAAGAAAGGUAAUCUUGUUUGGCUUAAAAGAGAGAUAAGAAAUGAGAUUUCUGUUUAUAGUAUUGAUGAUACGCGAGUUAGUGCAGUGGAGUACAUGAAGUACUUAGGAGAAGAAGGAGUUUCAGUGAAACAUCGGAAUUUUCUGAUUUCCCAGAAUGAAUCAAUGAUUAAACUACCUCGUGAACUAACUAAACUAAUUGAUGAGAUAUCAGGAUCUAGUCAGUAUAAAGAAAGUUACAAGAUAAGUAAGACCGCUAAGGAAACAGCUCAAAAGGAGUUGCAUGAAGUCAAUGAGAAGAAAAGAAGUGCUGAAGUCAACUUGAAGGAAAGUAAAGAGACUGAAGAAAUGGUAGCAAGAUACAAACAAGUCUUUACUAAGAAGAGUCAAAUGGUACGAGCCCGGCUUAUGAAACGUAAACAGUCCAUUGUACAAGCUAAGGCCGAAAUGACCCAAAAGAUAAAUGUCUUAAGAGCGGAGCACCAACUAGGCCAGGUAGAGCAGACGGAAGUACUGAUGGCUCAGUUACAAACUCAAAUCAUUAAGGCUCGGGCCGAAAGAACAGCUCUACAAGCCCAGCAACGAUCGGCCGUCCGUGAACAAGAUGAGGCCAGAGAUAGGGCCCUGCAAGAAAUCAACCGACUGAAGAAGAAACAAGACCUUUUACUUGAGCGCAAGAGUGAAGCUGCUUCCCAGAUAGAAGAAUGUCUCUGGCAACUGAAGAAAAUCAAUGAAGUAGUACCAGAAAAGAAUCCCUGGGCCGAUAAGUUACACAAAGAAACUCUAAUCAAAACGAUUGUUCAGUUACAACAGUUAGAAGAAGAAAAAGACGUUUCCGAUCAAAAGAUCAAGAUUCUGGAAAUCGAAAAGAAGAUCAAAGAAAGUGAGGCUGAUUGUAAUGAAGGGAGUACUGAAAUUUAUGAAGAGAAAGAAAGUGAGCGUUUGGCCGAGUUGAAUAAAGAACUCCAUGCUACGCUUCAAGUUCUAUCUGGACAUUCAGCCUACCAAAGAGAAAGUGCCCAUACGUCACGACUAGCCUACUAUAUCGAGCAGCUCAAACAAAAGAUGCCUCAAAUCAUUGGAAAGUUAGAAGAUCUAGUCAGUGUUAAAGAUCCUAAGUAUCAGGUAGCUCUUCAGGCUUUGAUUGCUAGUAAAAAGAACAUCUUGAUUGUUGAUGGUGAAAAGAGUGUACUGCCUAUUCUUAAUGGUCUGUCCAAUGCUGGAUGUGGCCGAGUGACUAUUCUGCCACUAUCACGAAUCACAGCUACUUUCCCGCCUGGAAGUACGGCUCCUUCUGAGGAAUAUGCCCGGUUUACCGAUCUUAUUACUCUAUCUCCACAAGUACCUCAACCCGAACAACUUGCGGCUUAUAUUUGUGGUUCAGCCCUAGUCUAUUUAGGUGAAGGCGUGCCAGAGAUUGCGAAUGUUAAGGUAGUUACUCUCGACGGUAUUGUAGUAUCAACCACUGGAACAGUCAGACGAAUAGCUCAAAUCGGCCGUAGUGAGGUCAGAGGCUUAGAAGAAAAACGAGACCGACUUCUGGCUGAAAUCCGGGAAGAGAGCACUAAGCUGCGCGCAUUCCAAAAGGAAAAUCAGCCCCGUAUCCAGAUCUCACCGGCCCUAGCCCAGUUACAUACGGAGUUAGCCCAGCUCAAAGAAGACUUGGCCGAAUCUCUUCAAGAUAUUAAAGCUAGACGCGACCAGAUCAUUGCUGCCUCCCAACUAGAUCCCGUUCUCAUUCAGCAAGCACUUAAACAGGGUGUAGUUGAUUCCAAAAGUGCCCAAAGAAAGCAAGAAACCAUCUACAAGAAGAAAGAAGCCUGGCAGCACAACCUUCAAACUAUCCAAGGCUCUUUAGACCAAGUACUUCUCCAAAUCCAAGAAAAGCAAGCUACUCUUCCUGCCGCCCAACCACUCGUCCAACCCGACUGUCUGCCGCACAUUACAGCGAUUGACCAACGGAUUGAAGCUCUAGAACAAGAGCUAGUAGUUCUAGCCAACCAACUGGACUCGCCCCAGGCCAUUGAAAUGAAGAUUAUUCAAGAGCAGUUACUUGCUCUCACUGACGAGUAUGAAGAGAUCGACCAAUACAUUGCCGAAGAAGGAAUUGCCCAAGAAAAUGGCAGUGUUCUUACGGAAAUGCCUUGUAGUGAUGAUGAUAUUGAAAAGGCCGAAAGAGAGCUUACAUCUAUCAAAGCCUUCCUUAAAGACAAAGUAGCCAAUCUAGAAACAGAAGAUCACUACCAAACACUUGUCCAAGAGGCCGAAAGAGCCCGACUUCACUUUGCCGAUCUUCAAAAACAACAUAAUGAUAUCAAAAAAGAAAGAACAUCUCUUUUCCUUUCUAUUUUUGAUAGGCUAAAUGAGUCUUUCAACCGCCACUAUACCCAACUGACUGCCACCACUACCGAGCACGUUAAAGCCCAUCUGGGUCUAGAGACUCCACAAGAGCCCUAUGCCGGUGGCACUACUGCUUAUGUUAUGCCAACAGGCAAGACCUUCCGUGAAGCCAAGUACCUUUCAGGCGGAGAGAAGACCAUGGCCGCUCUUUCCCUUCUCCUCUCAAUUCAUGAGAUCUAUCCAUCACCCUUCUACAUCUUUGACGAACUUGAUGCAGCCCUUGAUAAAGACAAAAUCACAUCCCUACGCGAAUCUCUUCAAAUCAUCAAUGCCCAAUUUAUUGCUGUUACACACCGCCUAGAACUCUUUGAAAAGGCCGCGACUCUUAUCGGUAUUGCCAAACCGCCUCAAGGCCAUUCCCAAGUUUUCACUCUCAAACUCUAA